AUGUGUAGGCCAAGGAUAUUGCUCAAGUUGUGGUUUGUGGUGGUCAUGUGUGUGGUGGUGAUCACUGCACCACCCCAUGCCGAAGCUGCGUUUUCAUGUGCUAAGGUGACUGCCAAAGCGGCGGCAUGCAUAAACUACUUUCGGAAAGGUGGUAAACCGUCAGAGCUUUGCUGCGCGGCGGUCAAGUCCCUCAUUGGUGAAGGUAGUGAGAGCCAGAACGCCAAGGAUGCUUAUGUUGUUGUGUGUGGUGCUGGUGUGUACGGUGGUGACUGCACCACUACCCCAUGCCCAUGCCCAAGCUUUGAUCUCUUGCAGCAAGGUGGCGAUCAAAUUGGGGCCAUGCCUAAACUACCUUCGGAAAGGUGA